GAGAACCACUCAACAGGACACUAUAUGACCUGAAAACGCUAAGUACAGUGUUUGGAUAUAUAAAGCAGGGCCACUUUAAACCCCAAAACUGUUCAUCGUAUCAAAAAAUUGCAGUUAUUGUUCCUUUUCGUGACAGAGAACCACAACUACGGAUUUUCCUUAAUAACUUUAUACCACGUAUUUAUCGACAGCAAUUGGAAUUUACGAUAUACGUUGUUGAGCAGACUCCUGGGAAUCUGUUCAACAAAGGUAUGCUUAUAAAUACUGGCUUCAUCGAGGCAAUGAAAGACAUGAAAUAUGACUGUAUAGUAAUACAUGACGUUGACAUUCUUGCUGAAGAUGACAGAAUUCUUUACACGUGUGGUGACAAUCCGGCCCAACUCAGUACGAAGAUUCAGAAAUACGGAUAUAGCAUACCUUUUAAAAGAAAUUUUGGAGGUAUUGUCAUCUUUUCAACAGAACAGUUCAAAGCAAUAAAUGGUUAUCCAAACCAAUUCUUUGGAUGGGGACGAGAAGACCACGAGGUGUCUAACAGAAUUCGACGAGCUCACUAUAACUUGUCAAGACCAUUUCACCAAUAUGGACACUGUGGGAGUGUGCAACAUCAAAAAGCAACUAAGGGAACUGACAGGCUUGAAAUGCUGAGAAUUUCAGAAUCAAUUUGGGAAAAAGAUGGCCUGUUUGAUCUUUUCGAUCAUGCAUACACAAUUUUAGAAAAACAAACAAAGCCAUUAUACGUAUGGAUUUACAGAGAUAUUGAUAUGAAGAAAGUGCGUCAGAAAUUGGUUUCGUACAUAAAUAAAGGAAGGAAAGUACACAAAUGAUGACAGUACAAAAGAUACAAUUGAAUUUAUAACACUUUCAGACAAUUUAAUGUAGAGUGUUAUAGAAGUAUACCCGCUGCAUAUGUCAUCGUUUCGAUAUCAAUUUCUGGUGCAUUAUAUAAAAGUGAAUUUCUCCUUCACCACCUUUUUAGUGAACAAAUAACGCCAUACAUGGAC